AUGGAUUCUAAGGAAGCGACGGCGUUUCCCGUUUCAGAGACUUCCACAGGUUCUUCUUCCUCUUCUUCUUAUGUAUCUAAUAAUCAAAAUUUAUUGAAAACAAGUGUUGUGGACAGUGAUGGUAAGGAUAAUUGUGAGUAUGGGAUUAAAGAUAGUGUUUCUGAUGAAGAGGACGAGGGAGGUUAUGUUAGUGGGCAAGAGGAGUUUGAACCGGCUUCGGAGAAGCUGGUUUUGACAGGGGCGGAUGGGGAAGCUGUAGGGAAGGGUGCUGAGGAUAGGGAUUUUGAUGAGGCCUCGGGACUUUCAAUGGCAAAAUUCGAUGCUUUGCCGAUUUCCGGGGUUUCUGAGAAUAAUAGUGGUGUUGAAAAAGGGAUUAAUGAUGACGAAAAAGAUGGGGUUUUGUUGGGGAAAGAUUCUGUUGAUGGUUCAGUUGCUAUUGCUGAUAGUGAUACUAUCGAAUCGAAGGUGGCUGGGCUUGACGGUUUAGAGGCGAAGGGUGAAAUCCAGAAUUCUAAUUUGGACGAGGGAGCGAAAGGAAGUGGUGGUGACUUUCUAGAUAGUUUUGAGAAUAAGGAGGUUGAAAAUGUGGAAUUGAAUGCAGAGAAGAAGGUGGAGGAGGUUGAGAUGGAUAGAGACAAGGCUGAGAAGAAUCAGAAGACCGAGUCUUUGACCAGUGAAGCUCCGGCUACUGAACAGGAUGCAAAAGGGGAUUCUGUUGAACCUGCCGAAUCAGAGUUGGCCGAAGCAGGUGGGGUGAAAUUCACAUCGGAGGGGGAUUCUGUUGUUGGUACUAUUGAUGUGGAUACCCCUGGACCAGGGGUGGCUGUUGUUCAGCCUACAGAUGGAGACAUCAAAAUGGAGGAAGUUCCAGUUGAUGAGAGUGUGGAACUGGUUGGCGCAGCUAUUGAAAUUAGCCGUGGGAGUGAAGAAUCAUCAAGUGUGGAAAUCACAUCUGAAGGGGAUUCUGUUGUUGAUACCAUUCAUGUUGAUAUGCCUCGGCAGGGGGUGGAUGUUGUUGGGGAGGUAGGACCCGAAGUUGAAAAAGUGGAGGUUCCAGCUGAUGAGAAUGUGGAACCAGUUGGCGCUGCUUGUGAAACUAAUCAUGGAGUUGAAGAAGCACGUAGUGUGGAAUUCACAACUGAAGGAGAUUCCAUUGUUGAUACCAUUACAGUUGACACACUUGUGCCCACUGUGCCCGGGGUGGUGGUGGUUAGGGAGACUGAUGAAGAAAUUGAAAGAGUGAAGGUUCCAGUUGAUGAGAACGCUGAACCAGUUUAUGAAAGUUCUGAGUUCAAGCCAAUUGAACCUGACAAUAAUGCUGUUGCAGAUGAAAAAGAUGAAAAGAUUGAUGCAAGAGCUGUCGAUGAUGUGGCAAAUGGAGUUCACAUGGGUGUAACAACAAAUGAUUUGGUCGAUGGAGAUGGAGCUCAGGAUGUCGAGAAUAUUGUAAAGAAGUCGGAGAACAGAUUUAACACAGUUGCCGUUUCUGAGAUCGGAACAGGAAUGAAGAUUAGCAAUGAUAGAGAAGUUGGACUCUUGAGUGGAACAGCAGGAGCGGAUGGAGAUACUAAUGGCAAAUAUGCUCAUGUUAAUGUUGGUGAUCAAUUGGAGGAAGGGGUGCACGAGGAAUCAGAACCUGAACCGUUCUUUGAGCCACAUGAAAUUAGAGAAGAUGAAGGGCAAUAUCAAACAAAUGAAGAAGCUGAUCAUGAAGACUUGAUAUCAGAUGAGGCAACUGAUGGUAUGAUAUUUGGAAGUUCUGAGGCCGCCAAGCAGUUCAUUGAGGAGCUGGAACGGGGAUCGGGUGGUGGUUCACGCACUGACAGUUCUCUUGAGCACCCUCAAGGGAUUGAUGGUCAAAUUGUCACAGACUCGGAAGAAGAAGAAGCUGACACAGAUGAAGAAGGAGAUGGUAAAGAGUUUUUUGAUUCUGCUGCCUUGGCAGCUCUUUUGAAAGCUGCAACAGGUGCUGAUUCAGACAGUGGCAGUAUAACCAUAACCUCUCAAGAUGGGUCUAGGCUUUUCUCUGUCGAGCGUCCCGCUGGCCUGGGAUCUUCACUCCGGUCUUUGCGACCUGCCCCACAACCAAACCGCCCCAACAUUUUCACUCCUUCCACUUUUUCUGGGAGGGGAGAAUCUGAGGACACCUUGAGUGAAGCAGAGAAAAAGAAACUGGAGAAGUUACCGCAGCUCAGAGUUAACUUUUUGAGGCUUGUUAGAAAAAGAAACUGGAGAAGUUACAGCAGAUCAGAGUUAAAUUUUUGA